AGUGAAUUCACGACAAACAAACAGCAAAAAAGGGCGAAGUCCGUCCGUUGCUCCAUGAAGGUUGCUUUGGUCACUAGUUGAUUCGGCAGCUGGAAUAUUUUAUCUCUGUUUUAUCGAAUAGCCAGUUUCCCUCAACAACAACAAAUUUGUAGGAUUGCUUCUAAAAAAUGGGUUGUUGUGGCUGCUGCGCUGCCCUGAGGCCCCGUUACAAGCGGUUGGUGGAUAAUAUUUUCCCAGUCAAUCCUGAGGAUGGGUUGGUGCGGAGCAACAUGGACAAGUUGACAUUUUAUUCAAUGUCAUCUCCAGAGAAACUUGAUCGUAUUGGCGAGUACUUGGCCCAAAGAGUUAGUCGUGACAUUUACCGUCAUCGCAAUCCAAUGGUAAUCAUAGCAAUGGAGGCUAUGGAUCAGUUAUUACUGGCUUGCCAUGCACAGUCUCUCAAUCUUUUCGUUGAGAGCUUCCUGAAAACAGUCCAAAAACUGUUGGAAACUACGGAGCCCGCUCUACAAAUAUUAGCUUCCCAAUCGUUUGUCAAAUUUGCCAAUAUUGAAGAGGAUACGCCUUCCUAUCACCGUCGGUAUGAUUUCUUCGUCUCAAAGUUCGCAUCCCUUUGUCAUAGUAAUCACCCCGAAGUCGACGUUUUGAACAGUCUUCGAUUAGCCGGUUUACGUGGUAUUCAAGGAGUUGUUCGUAAGACUGUCUCGGACGAUCUAGUCGAAAACAUUUGGGAACCCGUUCAUAUGGACAAGAUCAUCCCUUCGCUGUUGUACAACAUGCAACAUGCUAGACCAAGGAGGAUUUCAAAUGACGGUAAUAGUCCAAGUGGCCACCCGGAAGAGCAGACGGAUUCGGAGAACGGUGCCCGGAAUAUUGAUCCGUCUUCUUUGGCUGAAAAUUGCUUGCGCGAGCUGGUCGGCAGAGCUUCGUUUGGCAACAUACGAUCCGUCAUUAAACCCGUAUUCAAACAUUUGGAUUUGCACGAGCUUUGGGUUCCCAAUGACUUCGCCAUUUACACAUUCAGAGUGAUCAUGUAUUCAAUUCAGGUUCAGUAUUCUUAUGCAGUUGUUGAAAAUUUAAUGAUGCACUUGGAUACGUCAUCCCGGUCGAGAGCUAAAGUGCGUACCAGCAUGGCGAAUGUUUUAGCCAAAAUAAUCUCUAUCGCCGCUGGAGAGAGCGUUGGUCCGUCGGUGUUGGAGAUUGUCAAUUCGCUGCUGAAACACCUAAAACAGAGUAUUAUGUCAGCGAUCCCGGUCGAUGACGCUGAAGCCGUCGCUGAUGAAAAACAAUUUCAAGAGUCACUUAUCAGCGCCUUAGCCGAAUUUGCUUACCAUCUGCCAGACUAUCAGAAAAUUGAAAUCAUGAUGUUCAUCAUUGGGCGGACGCCGGUUGCAGGAGAGUUUGAUCCUGAGAACGUCCAAGCUGAAACCCUUCUUCAGCAUAUGUUGUUAAAAUGUCUCUUGAAAGUCAGCUACAAAUACCAGUCUACCAACUUUUCCACUUCGCUUCCGCUAACCUUUUUGGACCCUCUUUUACGUACUUCAUUAGGCCAAGACGCUUACGUUCGUGUACUAGUCCAAGAAAUUCUUCACUGUUUGCUCGAUCGGCAUGAAAACCGUUUGAAGCUCAAGAAACCUUGCAUUGACAUCUGCGGUUUGAACCUGGUAUUCGACAAAUGUUCUCGAGCGGAUUCUUUGUUUUACAAAAAUCACGGCAGUCGUAUUUUAGUGAACUUAUCCGAAAGUCUUGAUUUAACCAAUGUCACGCGGGAAAAUAUUGAGGCCAUUUACUGCACAGCAGCUUUAGUUUGUGUUGAGCUUGCUACGGACGAAAUGUUGGUGGAUAUACUACGAUGGGCACUAGCUGUCCAGGAUGUAGCAUUGACUAAUACUAUGCUUCAUCCAACCAACCGCAUAUCUCUUCAUGUUGUUUCCCUUAGCAUUUUUAACUUAGCUUCCCAUACCAUGAAUGUAGCCACGCUGAUUGAAUACAGUGCCCAGGUAGUAGCUGCCAGGACUGCAAAAGCGCCGCUUCUUUUAAGAUUCAACGAGGGAUCGGCUGAAGAAUUUCCACAAAAUGGCAUCCUACCAGAAUGUCUUUUAGACUUUAACACUAUUGCCGACUGCAUGAAGGAAGCUGGCAAAGACAUAAUGGGCAUGAUUCCAUUACAGGGACCAUUCAAUGCCAAUCAGCGGUACUCUUGGGCUGACUCUUCGUUACAUCAGCCAUCCUCUUUCACUGAUUUGAGCAACUUAAACCUAGACGGAUCAGAGAGCAACACUUCCUCCCCCGGAGUAUCUCGAAGGUAUGCAGAGGAAGAGGUGACUUUUGAAGCGCUCAAGAAAGUUCUAGCAGAACCGGCAGAAUCUCGUCGUGAAGCGGAAUACGAAAAAAGACAAGUUAUUUGCGAAAAGUUUCGUAAUACUCCAUUCCAACAACUGGUUGCUAGUUCUGCAAAGAAUGAUGUGCUGAACGAUACGCUGAAUCAGAUUUUGACUCGCAUAUCAAUUAUGCCUUGCGGUCAACCUGAAUUGACCGCUGUGCAACCUAACAACCAGUCAAUGCCGCUAUAUGGCAACAACUUCCCUGAUUUGUUCGUUUACUAGGAGAUUAAUUGUCCAUUAUUCAUAGUGUAUUAUAACCCUAUGAGAGAAAUUUGAACACUGAAAACAUUCAAAUAUUUUGAUGCGUCGUAUUAAGAAUUU